UGAGUCAGUAGGACAAUCAACAGACCGGUUACUCGGUUCAGUUCAAGGUUUCCCAUUUCGGCAGAGAGUUCAAGGCGUACACACUGUUAUCGUCUUCCGUUCGAUCUCCUCGUCGUCGGUCAUCGCCACCGCCGUCGGUCGUCUUCUUCUCGGGAAUCUUUUGAGUCACAUUUUUACGAAUUUCCGGCGUAUUGUUCUCUGCAACUCGAAAGGUUCCAAAAAAUAUCAUUCUCCGUUUCUUGUUCGGAUAACGUAUUUUAACUUGACUGUUAUGCGUUGAAAAGUGCAAAGUUGAUAAAAGUUCAUUUUUUAAUCGUAUCUAUUAACCAUUAAGCGGUUACACUUCAAUUCAAGUCCUAAUAUGUACAAAAUUACGUGAGGUGUAUCGGGAGAGUUAAUCAAAGAUCACAGACUGCGGUUCAGAAUAUUGUCUAGUAAAUAGCAAUUCCUUCGCAAAGAUUGAAUCGCGACAAAUUGCAACUCGUUGACUGGAUGAGACCUCAAUAUGUCCCAGAACUGCUUGACCGCUCUUCGGCUGCUGUCAUAUUAUUGGUUAACCACAAUCAUACCUCUACAUAUGUCCGCUUUUGAGGUGUCAUACAAAAAUACUCUUUUUAAUCAAGAAACCUCAAUUCCACAAGGUAGAAAGUUUGGUGGAUAUCGAAUUGUACCAAAGGCGUGUAAAAACACUGAAAAUACGUAUAAAAACAAUGCAUAUCCUGAUGGAGUUUGUAUGUUUAACUACGAAUGCAACCAACUUGGUGGUACAGUUAUUGGCUCAUGCGUUGACGUAUUUCUAUUUGGUGCUUGUUGCCAAUUACCACCGGGAGUUAAAGGGCCUACGCUUGAGCAUAACCUAGCAAGUCAUUCGUCAAACUCAAUGAGUACAGUGUCUGAUACGACUGUUCAUUCUAUCAAACCCGAAAUUCAACUGCAACCAGUUGCAGACACUAUACUUUUACACCGAAAUGGUACUGCAGUACAGAAUAUGUACAGACCUGAAGACAUCGCAGACUUGAUAAAAAAUUUUACACUUAUUCAUAAUUACCCCAGUAAUAAUAUGGCAGAUAUACUUCAGACAACGCCCCCUAACGGAUUUCAAAGUAAAAUUAAAAUUCCUGGAAAUGGUCAAACAUCACCUGUAUCAAAGUCGACUGAUUCAAUACCAAAUAUUCGUAAAACAACAACAGUUUCAUAUCAAGGACCGUCAUCUCACGAUGAUUAUGAUAAUAUGGUGCUAGUACCCACACUAACUUUUAACGAUCCAAAUAAAUCACCAGAAGAGACCAAUUCUAUACAUCACAUUUUAUCUAUAUUAAACCAUACUGUACCUAUAUCUGAUCCUGAGCCUGCUGUAGCCGAAUCUUUUACUCAUUCGUCUUCCUCUUCACAAGCUCUUUAUACUUGGGGUUCCAUUGAUGCUAAUUCUAAAACUCCUUACUAUGGACUAUCACAAUCAUAUCCGUCUACAAGACCAACUGGAUUGUACCACCAUAACGAAUAUAGACCAACAACUUCAAAUUAUGGUGGUCUUGCUACCUCUACCCAUCACUUACCUGGACCUCACUUUGAAGUAAAACCAACUACUAUAAAUCCAACUGCCGACCAAGAUGCCGUAGCGCCUACAGUGAUUGUAUUAAGCUCUUUGUCCGAUUCUAAAAAUCCCAUUAAGUAUACAUCGACUACUACUCAAUCAAUAACAUACCACCGACCACAUGUGAAACCUUCCCAGAGUAUUAUAGUUACUGGAAAGCCAUCAUUGAGUGCUGCAUACACGACAAAUUAUCAACAUACAACAUUUGUGCCUGCGACUUCAAGUGACGCGCAAGUAAAUGGACAUCCAAUCAUUCAUACAUCCGCUAAACCGUUAGUGUCCAAACCCACGUAUUACACGACUAGUAAACCCACCACAUUGAGCAGUACUAUACAUACUAGUGAUAGUAUUUAUACGGCAGUUAACAAUAAGUACCACGGUCCCGGAAGUGCUUCAUAUUCAACUGCCAAACCAGUGAUUAAUCAUAAUCAUUUAGCCGUAAUUGGCUCUUCGUCUAGCAGCGGUUACAAGCCAACUACUGUUACCUAUGCUCCUCCUCUUAUUAAUGAUUCAGAUUAUCCAUCUCCUGUAACUCCAGGUCAAGUAUUUGUCACUUCAGAUUCGGUUCAAUUAAAUAAUAAACCAAAUCUACCAUAUCCAUACAACUUAACUAACUACGAUCCGGCAACAUUUAAUUCAAAUGAAACGUUUGCUUUCCCCCCUGUACGAAGCCCUAUUACAAAUCAAACAAAUGAUCUAUCUGAAAAUACUGAUUAUGAAACAGAUACCAAUUCUAUACCUCAAUUACAUACUGACGAGAACCUUGACGAAAAGGUACACUUGUUUGUUGAAAAAGUAGUCCAGUCAUUACAAGGUAACUUUGAAGAUUUGGAAAAGGUUCUUAUGUCUGGAGAACAAACCCUAAACGUAACUAUUAGUAAUGACGAAUCACCAACACCUAUAAAAAAGCCAUCGGGUUCAACUAUCAAACCGACCAAAUCCCCAAAACCAACUAAACCUACAAAAUUGACAACGUCUACAUAUAAACCAACACCUAUUGCUCCUCCGGACGCUCCAUAUCUAGAACCAUCUACAACAACAGCAAAGCCUACAAAAGUUCCUAUACUUUUAACACCCGUUCAGUUAUUUAAACCUACCGAUAGUCCAACCAAACGGCCGAAACCUACAAAAAUUCCCGCGACAACUAUCUUCGUGGAUACAUUAAAUGUCGAAAACGACUACACUACAGCUCCAACUGAUUAUAGAAAAACUUGUGGAAUUCGACCGUUAGUAAAAAAAAAUGGAAGAAUCGUUGGUGGUACUGGAUCAUCGUUUGGAGAAUGGCCAUGGCAAGUGUUAGUGAAAGAAUCCACGUGGCUUGGAUUAUUUACCAAAAACAAAUGUGGAGGAGUAUUAAUUACUCAGAAAUAUGUAAUAUCAGCUGCUCACUGUCAACCUGGAUUUUUAGCGCAUCUUGUAGCAGUAUUUGGCGAAUACGAUAUCACCGGUGAAGUGGAGUCUAAAAGAAGUAUCAGUAAAAAAAUUAAACGGGUCAUCGUACAUAGACAAUAUGAUGCGGCCACAUUUGAAAAUGACAUAGCUUUGCUUGAAUUAGAAUCUCCUGUCUCAUACGAUCAACACAUCGUUCCAAUUUGCAUGCCAGACGAAGAUGAUGACUUUACGGGUCGUAUGGCAGUCGUUACCGGUUGGGGUCGGUUAAAAUAUGGAGGCGGAGUACCCAGUAUUUUACAAGAAGUCCAAGUUCCUAUAUUAGAAAAUCAAAUUUGCCAAGAACUAUUUGAGAAAGGCGGUCAUUCGAAAACUAUAUUGAAUAGUUUCUUAUGUGCUGGUUAUGCAAACGGCCAGAAGGAUUCUUGUGAAGGCGAUAGUGGAGGACCACUGAUGGUAGAGAAAGACAACGGUCGAUGGACCUUGAUUGGUACUGUUUCACAUGGUAUUAAAUGUGCAUCUCCAUACUUACCUGGAGUUUAUAUGAGAACAACUUACUAUAAACCUUGGUUGCAAGCCAUUACAGGUGUACAUUAACUAAAAAUACUAGACCGACUUUAUUUUUUAUUUAUAAUAAUUAUUAUAAUAAAAAAUCCUUCUUUGUUCUUAACUUUUAUUUUUAUAAAAUAAUAAACUACAAGUUAAUGUCUUCAACAGUUUUGACAUUAACUUUCGUUGUUAACGUAUUGCACCUAUAUUUUAAGUUUUAAUUUCAACUUUUUGUGAUAUCCAAAUGUGUAAGUAAUCAGAAUUACUAAUUCGCCAUAAUUUAUUAAAUUUUGUAAAUUGUUUAAAUAUUUUUACGCUAGUUAUUAUUGUUUAUAUUAUUGUUUUAAGCUAUAGGUUUUUGUACAUUGCUUUUUUUUUCUACCAAUUGUUUUUAGUAUGAUUUUAUAUUCGUAAUUUAUUGUGAUUAAGGUAGUUUAAUUCUACUGUUUGUUGUGUUGUACACCU